CGUCGCUCGUUCUGCUCCUCUCCCUCUCAAAGGGCCCGUCCUGUCCACGGCCAUGCAUCCGAGCGCUGCACGCUGCAACGCAGGUGGCUGGCAUACUUCUUCUAGUGCCGAGCGAGCCGCAGCCAGCUAGAAUGCGUGCUGCAGCUAGGCGACCUCUAUCUGCUGGCCGUCCUGCAUCACCCGGGCCUGUCGCGAGGACGGAGCGUCGUCCGAAGCAGCUCGCCGCUCCAUCGCCCUCGAUAUUCGGCUGAUACGGCCCCCGCUAGGCACAUCCAGGGCGCCUACUCGCUUCCUAGUCCCUCAUCCCGCACGGCCAUCUGCGGAGUCUGUUCCUCGCUCCCUCGCUAACUCACGCCGGAGCCUCCGUCCGCGGCUCGCUUCGGCAGAAGCGCCGGCCGGAAUGGAGGAGAGGUUGUGCACAUCGCUGCCCAUCCAGUAUCGCCUCAGGGCCGCAGUGUCCAGCAUGCCAGCGCACGCACGGACUUUUGUCCGCCGGCCAACUCACGGCAGUCACGCAUCGCAACAUCGAGUGUGCGAGCCCGAUGCGCAGAAGCUUCGUGCCCCGCUCCUCACCCCCGCGUUUGCCGUCGUCGCUGCCGCGGCAGCAACAUGCUUGCCGUGCCCCUUGCGUGCUUUGUCAUGAGCCAGACGUGCUGGUCGAAGACC